UACUCAAAAUAAAAACAAACAAACGUGGGACAAAAAUAUUAAAAAAAAAAUCAAAUGUCCUUCCAAAAACGCACCCGACAAUUGCCAAUAGCGGGCACAAAGCCUUCCUUACACAAUGGACAACUCCUGACAUCCACGGGAAACCCAAGUUUAGACUACAUCUUGGGAGGCGGGCAACAAUUAAACACUUUACUGCUCAUCGAAGAAGACAAAUCCGGCUGUUAUGCAUCGACUUUGACGAAAUAUUAUCUCGCUGAAGGAGUUUUACAGAAGCAUUCGUUGUUCGUUGCUGCCUUGGAUGACGAUCCACAAGCGAUUAUUGAAAAGUUACCUGCUCCAGUUGUGGACGCCGAAAAUGCUUCAAAACCUCCCAUGAGCACAAAUCCCGAUGAUGACAUGCGAAUUGCUUGGCGUUAUAAUAAUUUACCGAAAGUGGAUUCAGUUGAGGAGUCGAAAAAAAGUAAUUUUGAGCAUUUUUUCGACUUAAGCAAGACUUUGGAAGAAGAAAUCGUUCGUCAAGUUGAAAUUACAACGUGGAAUGGAACAAAAUCUGCUCCCUCAUCGUACAUUAAAAACCCUCAGAUGCAAGAUUGCUUGAGGAAACUUCAUGAAACCGCCCAAAAAUAUCCUCUAGAGAAAAGUUCCAAACUUUUAAGAGUCGUUAUUCAAUCCUUUGCUUCCCCAUAUUGGUACACAUCGUCAUUCGUGCCAGAUUUAAUCAAAUUUUUGUACACUUUGAAGUCAAUUCUGCGACAUACGACCGCUACGUGUCUCAUUACAAUCCCAUCGCACUUGCUAAAGCACGUGGAUUCGGAUCUCGUGACAAAAAUUCGUUCAAGUGUCGAUUAUGCCAUUGAAUUGGAAUCGUUUGCCGGGUCAGAGCGAGAAACAAAUCCAAUUUUCAAAGAUUAUCAUGGACUUUUGAACAUCAAGAGGAUUCAAGCAGUCAAUUCUCCGGCAGCGUAUCAACCAAAAAUUAAAGAUUUGGCUUUCAAACUACGCAGAAAGAAGUUUGUCAUUGAAAAAUUGCAUUUGCCACCGGAAUUGCAAGAAAGUGCGGAACGCGAGCAAGACGAUAUUGUGCCAGGAGGUGUGGGAUGUUCUUCUGCGAAGGGAAAGAAAUUGCUAGAUUUUUGAUUUUUAUUGUUUUAUUUAAAAUUAGAAAUAAAAAAAAAUCACACACACUCUUAAAUUUUAUGGGAUAAUAAACUAAUUUUU